AUGAAUAUUCACUGGAAUGGGGAUACCCGGGCUCGAAAUGGUCAGGGAGGGCAAAACCCCGCCUUACGAGUAUUAUACUAUCGACUGCUCAAGCUUCUGGGCCAUGCUAUCCUACCGAUAUUUGUUUUCGAUGGCCCAUAUCGACCGAAGUUCAAACGCGGUGUCAAGAUAUCUCCUGCCAUCGCUCACCUAGACAACUUUCAAACCAAGCACCUCCUUAAGCUCUUUGGUUUUCCCUUUCACGAUGCACCCGGCGAGGCAGAAGCAGAAUGCGCAGCCUUGCAGAAAAACGGCAUAGUCGAUGCAGUCUUUAGUGAGGAUGUCGAUACGCUUAUGUUUGGGGCUGGCUGUACCCUCCGCAAUUGGACGGCUGAAGGUGGAAGGGGAAACAAAAGCCCCACCCAUAUCGAUAUCUACAGGGCCGAUGAAAUCCAGAAGAAAUCAGGCAUGGACCGGGAAGGAAUGAUUCUAGUCGCUUUGAUGAGUGGUGGUGAUUAUGUCCAAGCCGGGCUACCUAGAUGUGGACCUAAAAUUGCUUGUCAAGCGGCACGUGCAGGCUUUGGCCAGGAUCUUUGUUACAUUGUGGCAAAGGGCGAUUCUGUUGCACUACAACGCUGGAGAGAGCGGCUCGAUCAUGAGCUGUCGACAAAUGAGAGCAGAUAUUUUUCAAGGAAAAAUAGUGCUAUUAGGAUACCAGACUCCUUCCCUGACCAGACCAUCUUGAAAUACUACAGAAAGCCUGUGAUCUCCAACAUCGAAAAAUUGCAAAAGAUGCGCGAUUCAAUCAAAUGGGGCGUACCUAUGAACGUUCAUGGACUUCGGCAAUUCGUAGCGGAAGCUUUCAGCUGGACGUAUCGAAUUGGGGCGAUACAUUUCAUCCGUGGUCUUGCACCUACACUCCUUGUAACAAAACUUGUCUCGCGAAGUCUUUCAGAAUACACAGACCGUGAAAGCCUUGACACAAAAGCGGCCCACGAAUCUGAGUAUAUUAAAACUAUCAGCGGUAGACGGGUGCACUGGAUGACCGACGGAGAAACCGAGCUGAGAAUCGCAUUUUUGCCUGCCGACAUUGUAGGUCUCGACUUAGAUAAGGAAGAAGAUGUACCACAAGAGAUCGAAGGUGACGAGGAAGAAGAACUAUUAUUAGAGGAGGCGCCAGAACCCGACUCAGGGCCACAACGCGCUAUAAGUCCAACAAAGCGUCCACCAAAAUACGACCCAACAAAGAUGGAAAGGGUCUGGGUAUUAGAGACAUUUGUUAAGCUAGGAACGCCUCUACUAGUUGAGACAUGGGAAGAAGAAAUGCGAGAUCCUAAGAAAUAUGCUACGCGGAAAGCCCGAGAGAGGAGGCUAGAUCCGGUACAGCACGGUAAUCAGCAAGCGGUUCUAGAUGGCUUCGUCAAAAUUAGUAAGCCUAUUGCGAAAUUGGCCCCCGAUGAUGGAUAUCCAGCUUCAACCAAAGGGCCUUAUCCAUCAGUUGGGCCAUCAACAAGCCAAGCCCAGAGAGCACUUGCAGAGAAUUCAAAGAGAUUGGGAUCGAAGGCUAAUCAGCAUAUAUCAAACGAACCAAAGCUGGCGUACGAGCCGAACUCUAGAAGAUCGAAGAAAGAUCGUCAGAAUUUUCUCGAUGAUGCAUCGCAUUCAGUAGAUCUGACCCAAUGCUCACCGAACCUAACAAGAAACAAUGCGCUCAUAGAGCCUCAGGAUGAAGCCCUACGAGAACUUCCGACAAGCUUCGUCACCCAAAGGUCGCCAACUCGGCGAAAGAAACAUAACCGAUCGAGGUCCGAUUCGUCUGCAGAAAAGCAGAAGGUUGGAAAUGCGACUUUAGAGUCUUACGAAAAGAUGAGGUCACCAUCAGAUGAUCAAACAAUAGAUCUGAACGCUCAAUCACAACCGCAAAAUCAAGAUCCAUUUCAGGUAGCCACCCAAUCAUCCAAACUCCUGCAAACUAGGACCCCAGAAUCUACACCAAGGCAUAAGAAACUUCAGUUGAGCUUGGACAAUUACAUUCAAACUGGCACAAAGCCCACAUCGCCGUCAAUAAAUCGAAAUAUCGAUUUCAGAAAACCCACUCCUUCAAUAAAGUCACGUCCGAUACACAUUUCCUUAGACUCAGACUGCGAUUCAGACUCUGAUGCUCUCCCUUCUCCAUCCGCUCUACUCUCGCCGCCGCUCACCCAGCAAGAAUCGACGACAAACGCUGGGGUUGCCAACGACUUCGCACCACGUACGAAUUUGGCAGAGGGAGUCAUUUCUAGUGUUUCCGAACCGCCGUUAUUAUAUACUGUCGUCAAGAAAUCGAAGUCUUCGGUGAUUGUACGUGAGAGCUUAGAGGGGGCAUGGAAGUGUUUGGACCCUGCAGAGUUGGAGCAGGCAAGGGCACGGAACGUAUUGGAAGAUGUCGAGGUUGUAGACUUAACGUAG